AUGACGGACGUGUGCGAAAUCGUGAUCCGGAACGACGCCCUGAGCGCCAUCACUUCGGACCUCCUUGCGACAGGAGAAUGGGAGGGGGUCAAAGAAUCCAAAGCAGAAGCGUCGGCUAGACACGACGACCCGAUUUUCAAGUGUGACGCCGACGUCGUGUUCCGGCGGGUGCACAUUAAGAAUGGUAACGAGUUUGAAUGGUUGGCUCUCUGGUCCGAAAACAGCUACCACAUCAACGUGGAUGAAUGCGCUAGUAUCCGGGUUCCUGAUGUGUACUCCCGGUCGCCCAUCUUAGUUGAAGAUAGUUGGCACCCAGCCAUGCAUCGAGACAAUGGUUGGUGGUAUGGCCCCCGCGUGCAUCCCGACACAAAAGUAUCGAAUCCUGCCAGCGCCCAUCCGAACGCGAUAUUCUUCUCCUCCCUCCCUCGAGGAAAAAGCGCUGCACACGCGCACCCUAUCCAUAUCCCAGCUCUUCCCGCCUAUAUCGAUGCACUGGUCUAUCACGUGACACAUUACAAGGCAACCAGGCCGGGACUCUGGGCUCUUUCGUCGUGGCAGCUUCGGAACCUGACACGGUAUUUGUACUUGGAGCUGGAUCAUCAACAGCUACCGCUUUUGAUUGAGAUGGAGGAGUAUGAAUUCAUGGAAAGCUACCUCAAGAGAUUCAUCAGGAAGCCGAGGUUCGUAUAUCGUGUGGACGAGUCAGGUGAGUUUGAGACGACGAGGGUGAGAGAGUGGGAUCCGGAGAGUCAUCCCGUAUGGUGUCGGGUGAGCAAGUAA